CAGUACAAUUGUGGAGCUCGAGUCAAUUGGUGGAUUGAGAAAGAACUCUGUUGAAAAUAUAUUCCGAAAGAGUCAAUCAUCGUUAGGAUUGUGCCAAACGCAUCAUUGCCACGAUAUCUACCAAAGCACACGAGUUACUAGGUAGUAGUGAUGACCGUUUGACUCGAAUCGAUUAACCGUUUGAGAAUACUGGAUUACGAUUGCAUGGGAUACCUAAGGCCGCGGAGAACAGAUCCAUCUGCAAACCAUGUGGCUCACCGAGGUCAUCUCUGCAUGGCUUCGUUUGCGGAUCAACCGCGCGGGUUGUCAUUGGCCGAUUCAAAGUUCGAACUGGUCAGUGUUGUUGACCGAAAACGAACCCAGCAUGACGGCGUUGGGAUCCAGAAUCAGUUCGGACAUGCCGACAUCCACGGAAUGGAGACGAGAAACGGUUCCAACCGUUGGGAAGCAUCGCAAUCAAUUUCCAGGCCUCCAAAUGAUGAAUCAUGACCGUGUUUACAUCCAUGAUCUAUUUUUGGUUUCUUUGUGCGAGACCAUUGGUGCAGGGCUUCGGAUGAGGACAAUAGACUUCAUCGUGACGACAAUCCGGUCGGUCUGGAGUUGCGACAAGAGCAGGCACGAGUGGCGGUGCCGGGGCUGGUGCUGUGGCGCGGGUCCGGAUGAGGUAAUCACCAGGGCGGGUUGCCUGAAGCGGCCUGAGGUUGGCCUGGGACAUGUGACGUGACACGUCCGGUGGGCCCGACAGGGGUGGGGCUUAGUCAUUUAGCCUCCAGGCGCCAAUCAGCGGGGAGGCCGCAUCAAUGCUGACAUCACAGGGUCUCGUCAGGGCUGCGC